ACAUCAAAGUGAAAUAACCCAGACAUAACGAUCACUCAUUUUAAAAUAACUUAUAAUGUACUUACCCAAAUCGUUUUGUUUCUUUGUGUUCCCAUACAGCUCACUCGGUGUAUCAUGUCCCAGCUGAUUAAAUGGUUCAGUAACUUCAGAGAGUUCUACUAUAUUCAGAUGGAGAAGUUUGCCCGGCAGGCCCGAGUGGAGGGAGUUAACAGUGUGAGGGAUGUAGCAGUGAGGAGAGACUCGGAGCUCUUCAGAGCCCUCAACAUGCAUUACAACAAGGCCAAUGACUUUCAGGUUCCUGACAGGUUCCUUGAAGUGGCUGAGAUCACACUACAGGAGUUUUACAUUUCCAUCUCUCUGGCCAGAGACUCAGACCCAUCCUGGAAGAAAGCCAUUUAUAAGGUCAUCAGUAAACUGGACAGUGAUGUACCGGCUGAAUUCAAAGCCCCCCUCACAACAUAGAAAGAGACAGACGGAGGUUGCCGUAUUUAAAAACAAAGUGUAUUUUCCUGCACGGGCCAUGUAUUGAAUCGAAGCCAUGCUAAACGUACAACAGCAGGACAGGGUACCCGGUGUUUCGAUAUAUGGUCAAUGUGGACGGUUCUGUAAGUCGCUUUGUAAAAACAGUGUACGGUAAAUAAGCAUUGUUAACGCCAUUUCCCAUUCAGAUGUCCGUCGUGUGAAAUGUGUGGCUGUACAGUAGGCCUAUGUCACAGUUGGGUUUUAUAUUCACACAGUAGGAGGAUUGUAGAGAAAAUUGCAAUGUAGUUUCAAUUAAAAAAAAACAAUGUAUACCAUUUUGCUUGAUAUUGAGGCAUGCGUUGCUGUAGAAU